ACUUUUUAUGCAAGUAAAAUGCAGUUUCAAUCUCAGCAUUCCAGUUAUCAUAAUUGCUGUAGCCGGUGAGAAAGAUGGUUUAUGAUAACAUAGACUUGGGGACACCUUUUUACUGAGUGGUCCCCGUUUCUUUUAUCAUGUCUGCUGAUAAUUUAAAUGAUGUGGGAAUUGGCUGGAACCUUUGCAAAGACUUCAUCAUAAGGUCAUCACAUUCUAGUUGAGGUUAUUUUCAGUCCUUCCUUCUCGUGUCUUCCAUCCGCUGUCGCUGAUUUCCCACGUGGAAAUGCUUCGUUAAAGCUCCAGGGUUUAAAGUGUGUAGAAAUCCGAGAUGGAGAUGGGAGAGGGCGGUCGCCACCUCCACGUGUUCACACACUCUCUAACGCAGUCACAUGGAGGAACAGAGGGACACAUGCAGAAAAAACCUCUCCUCAUUAACUAAUGAGCAGGAUGUUAGAGACGCACACAGACACACACACACACACACAGAUUAUCUCAUCAUGUAAUAGAGUGGCAUCGCCCCAUUCUCUCUCUUCAUUCGUGAAGUGAAACUAUUUUUGUGGUGGACUUGACUCUCCCUUUACAGGAUGGAGGCGGUGGCUCUUUUCUCUUUCGCAGCAUCAGAAGCAGACGAGAUCAGUUUUCAGAAAGGGGACAUUAUCAAGGUGACAGAAAUGGAGGAUGAUUCUUGCUGGGUCACAGCAGAGAUCCGGGGGAAGCGUGGCUACGUGCCAGAGAACUACAUUUCCCUCCUUCCAUAUCCGUGGUUUGCAGGAAGGGUGUCAAGACUUGAUGCUGAAAAGCGCCUGUGCUGGCAGGAGACUGGAGUGUUCCUGGUGAGGGAGAGUGAAUCAGCUCCCGGAGAGUUUUCGGUCUCUGUUAGCUACGGAGAGAGGGUGGAACAUUUCCGGGUGCUGGAGGGGGGCGGUCAGUACUGCAUCUGGGACGAGUCGUUUUGCUCCCUCAACCGUUUGGUGGAUUUCUACAGAACUCACAGCAUCGGCGUGGAAAAAGUGGUCUACCUCAGAGACCCUCCUGCAUCCCCUGGCCUGCUGUCCCAGCCUGGGCGUAACCCGUACCCCAACCCUUAUAAAAGCAGCUCUCAGGAGUCCCUCCCCUCAGCCCUCCUCCACUCCCACCCCUCUCACCCAGAAAGAGAGCCCUCCCAGCGUCUGCAUGAACCAGUUGUGGGGAAACCCCGUCUGGCUCACGCCCUCUGUGACUACACCCCCCCUCAGACCGCCCACCUCCACUUCCUGCGUGGUGACAUCAUCGACCUGCUGGACUGCUCGAGCUCACGGACCUGGAGAGGGCGCUGUCGAGGCCGAGUGGGAAUCUUUCCGCCCGAAUUUGUCCAGCCGCUGUAUCACUGACACCGAUCGGUCACGCUGUAGGGACUUACCUUUCUUAUGAUCCAAUGAUCCAACUAGUGAUGAAACAAUUAGUCCAAUCAUCGAUUAAUCCACCGAUUCAAUUUUCAUUAUUGACUGAAAGGCCCGAAAACGUAUUUUCUCAAUCCGCUUCGGAGUCCUGUGUGAGAACAGCGUUUCUUUUCAGCCACAGUUGGUACAGUUUUUAUUAUUACACAUGAAAUAUUUCUUUGUUUCUGUUUUUUGUUUCCUGCACUCUUCUUUACUGAUUUGAAGUGGGCGGGAAUUCAGUUGGAAAAAAAAAAGUGAGGUCACAUACUUGCACCAAUCAGGAUUUAGCAACAUUAGUUAUGAAUAAUUUAGCCUGACGUGGUCAUACUCAGAUUCUGGUCCCCGACCUCGAAUUUUGUGGGCGGGGCUAAGUUCGGCUGGCAUCCAGGCUAUGAAUAAUUGAUUUUUAUAAAGAAAUUCUUAAAGAAGAACUGCAGCGAUUUUACACAUCCAAAUGGCUGUUUACACAUCUUGCGAAGUACUACUGCAGAUGUGAAAAAUGUUGCAUAAAGAUGUUUGUGGCUCCAGAGGGAGCUGCGCUAAAUGUGAUACAUUGCCUCAAGUGAUGUCACUUGAGUCAGUGUUGGUAAGACUAUGGGUUUGAAAAUGAAAAGAAUUUGGAGGGGGGUGGGGGGGGGUGUAGUUAGACAGAAGCUUACCAGACCUCUGUAACUCGCUCCUCAUCGCUGCUUGACACUAAACUAGCCGCUACUAGCUUUAUACACCUGAAUCUUCAACUAAACUGUCAGCGGUCAAAUUGCAUUGUGGGUAAUCUAGGUGCCAGGUUUUGAGCAAGGAAGAAGGAUAUCUGAUAGUUUUUUUUUAAAUGCCCCGUGAUGAAUUGGGGCAGAUUUGUAACCAAGUUUUCAGGGGCUUUAGUCGUUCAAGUAUCAGAAAAAUCAGCAAAAAUGCCAAAUAUUUGCUGUUUGCGGCCUCCCAAAAUAUGAUGAUUUGUUGUUUUUCUCUUUUUUAUAUUAUUAUUAAAGGUGGAGUCUGCGAUUCUGGAUUGUUGAUAUUUGAAGUCAACAACCAAACAAAAUACACCUUUACCGUCAGUGCUCCUUCUGAAUGUUAGCAUUUGGCAGAUUUACCGUUCCUCACGCUUCGGCUGCCUUUCUCUUACAUGGCCUUGUAAGAGUGUGUUCAAUUAGAAUCACAGACUCCACCUUUUACUGAAUGCAUUUGGAUUUUGGACUGACUGACUGAACGGGUAAUUUAGUCAUCUUUUGUGGGUUCCAUAUUUUUCUGACAUCUCACAGACUUAUGAGUUAUUCAGAAAUGAAUAGAUGGAUGAAUCGAUAAUGAAGAUAAUUGUUGCGGCCCUAGAGUGCAACUUUCACAGCCCUAAUGUCUUCCUUUCACCAACAGCUUAUAUUAAAAUUACUAAUUAAAAGUGGAAUUUACCUUUAUGUUAGCUUUGUUUAACCAUCUUGUCUAUGGCCCUAACUUCCUCCUUGGUGAAUGUGAGUAAACUGUGCAGAAGACAAAUAAAGAGUGGUAUUAUAUGGUUAUAAAUAAU